CGUCGCACACUCCCAAAACUAUCGUCCGCGGAGGCACAUUGAACGCGUUACCCUUCGUCCUCUUGCCUCGUACGCGACUUUUUUUCUCUCACGGGACGCGCGCCACUCGUUACCAUUCACGUUUCUUAUUGCCGAGUGAACGCCGUCUUGGUUGGACUAUGUUUCGCGUCGGGACGCGAACCAUUGAUACUGUUGAACAACGAGAUUAGUGUGAAAGCCAGUGAUAAAUAUCGAGACUCGAGUGGAUCCUCCGAUAUGACAGUGUAGUGACUUCUUGAUUUUGUUAUUGUUGUUUUCCAUCGCGUUUCAUCGAACACGUUCUUCUGGUACCAGGUGAGACGGGAGUCUCAACCACGGCACCAAAAUUGAGCUGGACUUGCACCAACGAGCCGCCGGCCACUUCAUGAGAGCCGGCGGCAACAUGUGCGACGGAUCGUUCACGGAGACCCUGCGCGGUAUGCAGGGCAUGUCGGGUACGUCACCACCCGGUGGCGGGGGUGUCGGCCCCAUGGGGGUUGGUUUGGGUAGCCCUCUUGGCCCAUCCCCGAAGAAAGCGCAAGUGGAACACAUCAAAAGGCCGAUGAAUGCGUUCAUGGUUUGGUCCCGGCUGCAGCGCAGGAAAAUCGCACAGGAGAAUCCGAAAAUGCACAACUCGGAGAUUUCUAAAAGGCUUGGUGCCGAAUGGAAACUCCUUACGGAAGACGAGAAACGACCGUUCAUCGACCAGGCAAAGAGAUUGCGGGCACAACACAUGAAGGAAUACCCGGAUUACAAAUACAGACCUAGAAGAAAGCCUAAAACCUUGCGUAAGGAAGGUUACCCAUACAGCAUUCCAUACCCCAGCGUGCCAAUGGAUGCACUGCGAGCUGGAAUGGCCGGUAGUAUGGGACAGGCCGGAAUGGGCUCGUAUUAUGGUCCCGCGGCGGCGUACGGGUCCCUAUCGGCGGCAAGCAUGGCAGCGGCUGCGGCUGCGGCUGCACAACAGUCUGCGGCUGCCAUGUCCGCGGGUCUCGCGGCACCUGCUCAGGUGGUCAGCUCGAUGGACGCGAUGAAGUACUCGAUGGAGGCUGAUAAAUAUCGCGCCGCGUACAUGCCGCCGAGCACACUGGCGAUGAGCAUGUACUCGGACCCGAAGUACCUGGACUCGAGCCCGAAGUCGUACCUGGACCGAAGCUACCUAGACUCGGCGAAGGCUUAUUUCGAGCAGUCGAAGCUUUAUAUGGACCAGAAGCCGGCGAUCAGCGAUUAUAAUCGGCCCAGUUACGAGCACAAUAAGCUUUACGACGAGUCGAGCCCCGGUAGCGUGGUGGGUGGCAGUGGUCCGACGAGGUCGCCGGCCGCGGAUUCGCCAGACAUGAGCAAACAGCACGAGAGAACCGAGCAGGGAUCGUCGAGCGCGAGUUCUACGUCCACGUCGUCGGCGGCAAGCCCCGGCGCGAGUUUGCCGACCUAUUACCCGGGCCCGGUGCAAACCAGUGGCCUGCUCGGCCCGCAAAUGAGUCAGUAUAGUGGGUACCAAACGACACCGACGCCCGGUAAUGAAUCGUUCCGACGACCGCUCACUGUCAUCUUCUGACCCGAUAGAACAUAGCUCUGAUCCAUAUUCGAAGAGCAGCCCUGAACUCGGUAAGAACACUACCGAGUUACGGUUUAUUGGUAAAUUUCGCGGCGUCUGAGUUGUGAACGAGAUUUCGGAGGACAGUUUCGUUCUUGGAGGUUGAUUGUUAAUUAAUAAUAGUACCAUUAGUGAUGAUUCAUUAUGUAAUGCCCUUCAGCCUCGAAAGGAGUAUUACAUUUGGUGAUAAAAUACAAUUAUAUAAUUUUACAAUAUUUGAUAUUCAUAGUUGUCCCUGGUUUACGUAUCGGUUUUCUCCUUUUCUGUUGCAUCCAUUCUAAAUUGGUAUAUCUCUCGCAUUCACUUCUUCUAUCCUUCUUCUCCUCUCAAAAUUUCUGUCAUCGAUAUUUCUAUCUUUGCUAUUACUCCUCAGUUAUACGCUGUGUUCCAGCGUUUUUGACUCGUUCAGGUUGGUCGUAAAUUCACGUAGUGGAUAUAAUUUAAUGAUUUCUUUUCUCGUUAUAAGCAAGAAAUAGCAUGAUUUGUUAACUGAGUUAACUCUUUAACGAGAUCGAUACGGAAACUUAUAAGAUUAGAGCUAAAGCCGAGCACAUCGUUAGAAGGCCAAGAACCUCUGAAGUCCCGCGAAAUCGGAGCAGCCUCGAAAGUAAAAUUUGUCCAAAGGAAUAUCACCCGCGAAUCGAGGUGAAAAAGAAUGACCAACGAUGACAGAUCGUUGGAAAGUAACAACGAAAUGGUUUUAACCAUCCACAGGCGUGAUGAUCACUUAUCACAGAUCAUAGAGGAUCUCCAUCUAAGUCGGAUGGAAUUAUAUAAAGAAAGAUUGUACAUAGUCCCUGUGUAAAUAGUGUAGCAAGAAUUAUUAUCGCUCACGACGCUCGAAAAUACGGUUUUCCUUCGGCCCACAAUUCCUGUUUCUCAUUUUCCUUUUCAUUCGAAGGCUGUCUUCGAAUGAUUCUUCCGUAAGAAGCGCACCACUUCCAACAACCACCGACACAGAUUUCAAAUACCCCUUUCCCUUCGCUCACAUUCUGCUUCGAGUCUUCGAACAGUAAGUUGACACACUCCUCACUUUUAAUGACUAAUAAAUAAUGUUAGAUAACUACCAAUACAUUCAACAUAUUAUUUUUGGUUGAAUCGGGGUACAAAAAUAAUGGGUCGAAAGAAGAGAAGUACGCGCAAUGGAACCGAUGGAAGGAUUGAAAUGAAAGAAAAGAUAUAAAAGGAGAACUUGUUUUUCGUGCGGUCGUUCGAUUCGUAAUCGUCCUGUACAUAGAUUUUUCCGGUUCGUUGGAAGGAUACGACACACUCUUCUCCUUAGCUUUCUCGAUUUCUUCCUGUUUUCGAGUUAAGUGCACACGAACGAUUUUUCUCAUUAAAAUAUUAAUUUCACUCACUAAAGAAAUUAAUUUUACGUAUCGAUCUAUAUUUAUUGUUGAAAUCGUUUCGAAAUUGAUUGUUGAAUCGAUUCGCUAAGAGUCAAUGAAAAAUAGUGCUAUUCAAUUUGCUGGUCGAAUAUUGCUGGUACAAAUAAAAUUCUGUAAGCACUUUUUUUUUAUUAAGUAUUACUAAACAUAUUGUAUUGUUAUGAUUAAACUUUGAAUUAAAAUAAAUUGUUCCAGAAGAUCGAUUUAUCAACAUAAAUGAAUUGGUUCUUUGGAAAAUCAUUGAAUCGCGUGCGUGCACUUGAACUCACGAUUAAUAUUCGGUAAAAUCGGUGAAGGGGGAAUACUUCACCUCUCGUUUGUUGUUUUAUUAUUUAAAUUGGGAUGAACGGCGUUCUCCUUUUGGUAUUUAUUCAAUUCUUUUUUCACUUAAUACGUUGAGCGAGGCCAAGGGGAUAAAGUAACCGGUGAAGUGUCAUUUUUCCUUCCCAUGGUUAUGUUUCUUCGUUUGUUUCAUUCCGAGCCCGAUAGUACUUAGUACUUGUUCGGGUUCUUUUCGUUGUUUCGCUGUUUGUAUGUACGUGUUGUUCGGUUGAACGAUUUCACGAGAGAAGGAGUUAGAGUGAAAGAGAGAAAUUUUUAUAGACGUUUCACGAGAGGAGGAAAGUACACAUAAAUUUAAAUGAUAAUAGAAAGAUAGAACUGAGAACAACUUUCGUGAAACGUCCGUGAAAUGUACGCUGCGUUAUAAGGACGUGUAACCUUUGUAUUUGUAUCGUUACGAUAAAUCUCUUUAAAAACUGUACCGAUUAUUCGAGUAUUACGACUUUAAUGCGGCUAAAGUAAUCUAUAAAUAUUGUACUGUAAGUGAGAAAACAAAAAUAAAUGUUAAGUAUUAUCCUUCGAAAGCAA